GGAGAGACAACAUGACCAAAGUCUGAGAUAACACAGGGAAGAAAGGAAAUAAAUAAGCCCCGUUUCACAGCCAAAUAACGUGCAUGUGACUUAUGCACAUUUUCUGUUUUUUCAUCUUUUCUUUUUUCCACCAAACAUGCUUAAACAAAUGUUAAUAGGCUACGACUCGAGCCAAUUUUCUUUAACGGAAUAUAAAGCAAUAACUUCCGGGUAAGUUGUUGCACUGCUGUCUUGUGAAGAAUCAAAGCGAGUUGUUGUUGUUGUGGUAACAUUUAACUGUCUACGGACACAUUAGGCUAAACCUAAAACAGCUGCGUUUGCUAAUUAGCUUAGCUAGUCGCCUUUUAGCUACACCUUUUCAAUGGAAUUACAUUGCUAGGCAACAGCCUGGCCCCGUGUUAACUUCCUGUCAGAUGGGUUUUAAAAUAUUUACAUAUGUGAAAUAAAAAUUGUCGGCUGUUUUCUAUCUGUAUAGAGUAGGCUAAUGUAGGUCUGUCAUGCUACAGUAUUACUCUACCUUCAUACCUGUAUCAAGUAGUAUGAAGUGGUGAAUGUAGUUUAUUGUAUUGUAAUAUAUUUUAAAAUGUGAUAUACGUUAUAAUAUUUAGUGCAUAUGUUAAUGGCAUUGAAAAUAUAUUCCCAACAAGAGAAUUCAAAGGAAAAAAUUGCGAAAAACUUUAGAUAAGAAACACUUAAAUCCUGUCAGAGUUGUAAAUCCUUAAAAAUAAAAAAGAAAUGUAUUCAGAAGUCACUAAAUCUGUACACACGUAGUCUUCUUCUUAUGAUGUGCAUCCUGAUACGCUGAAUAUGGAUUUGACUCUCUCCUUCUUUCUGUUGAUGAAUUUGGAGAUAAUGAAAAUAGAAAUCAAUAAAUGGAUGAGGAGGAGUCAUCAGCAGCUGCGUUUUAAUCCAUGAAACCGAUGCGGACCCGCUGUAAUCUGGAUGGAUGGGUGUGAGACGAGGGAUGACAUCUGUCCUGCUGUUUUUGUGCUUCGUCGAUGGAUUCGCGUGUUAGCACUGCCCUGCGGGGCAGCAGUGGCAGCAACUACACAGCUGACACCCCGGGUCCAGGCUUCACCGACCACCUGGGUACUACCUCACCUGGGGUACCAAGGGUUGUUUCCAUAGUGACCAGCAUAGUGACCGCCACCACAGAGGCCACAUUGGUAAACACAGGAAACUUAUCGACGUUCAGAGACCACAGAGGGAGUGAGCUCGGUCCAAUCCAUCCGGCGUCGACCCCGUCGGUGCUGAGCGCCGCUGAGAGUAAGUCCGUCCUGCAGGGCAUCACCGUGGCAACUCAGGCCCUGGUACUCCUCGCCAUCUUCCUCCUCUCCAGCUUCGGUAACUCGGCGGUCGUCGUCGUCAUCAUCAAACACAGACAGCUGCGGACGGUGACCAACGCUUUCAUCAUGUCGCUGUCGCUGUCGGACUUCCUCACGGCUGUGCUGUGUCUGCCGAUCUCCUUCGUCAUGCUGUUCAGCAAGGAUGGUACCUGGAUGUUCGGGGAUCGUUUCUGCGUGGCCAACGGCUUUUUCAACACCUGCUUUGGUAUCAUCUCCACCCUGACUAUGACUUUGAUCUCCUUCGACCGGUACUUUGCCAUUGUCAGACAGCCGCAGGCCAAAAUAGGGCGCCAGAAAGCAACUCGGUUGCUGAUUGCCGUGUGGUUGAUUGCAGUCAUUUUCUCGUUGCCUUGGUAUCUCUUAAUCCGACCGCCUACAGCCAUCCAUAAGCAAGGUUUCUACCACUGUAUGUACGUGUUCCACUCCGGGACUUCUCGCAUGGGCACGGCUUACAGCAUCUGCCUUAUCGUCGUUUGUUAUUUACUGCCCUUCGCCCUCAUGUGUUUUUGCCACUACAACAUCUGUAAGACAGUUCGUCUCUCUGAAAUCCGAGUCCGACCUGUGACCACGUACGCAUACUUACUGCGUUUCUACAGUGAAAUGCGAACGGCCACCACAGUUCUGAUUAUGAUUGUUUUCAUUAUUUUUUGUUGGGGGCCAUAUUGUUUAAUGGGGUUAGUUACAGCGUUGGGGGACUACACGUUCAACCCGGCAAUGGACACAGUGGCCAUCUGGCUAGCCUGGGCAAACGGAGCCAUCAACCCUCUGAUCUACGCCCUGAGGAACCCCAAUAUAUCCAUGUUACUGGGGCGCAGCAGAGAGGAGGGCUAUCGGACGAGAAAUAUCGCUGCGUACCUCUCCAGCCAAACCCAUAACCGCGAGGCCAGGCUUAACCAAGCAGAGAGGAUCAGGGACCGCUACGUGAGUCGCGUAGGGGUGAGCAAUAACAGCCGGCUGUCAAAUUCAAGUCCUGGAAAAGGAGGAGGAGGAGGAGGAGGAGGGGGAGGAGAGGUGUCAAUGUGGGCCUGUAAAAACCCUGCCGUGUUCUUCUGCAGGGACGCCCAGCCGGACACCGCAACACUUCCCAACUCCGUCAGUGCGCCAAAGACGAAGACCGCGGACACCAGCCUGUGACGUUCUGGAAGAGCCGUUAAACAUCUGAUCGUUUUCAUCUAAUAUGUUGUUGUGGAUCUAGAGACUGAAGACACAUAAAUACCUGAUAGUAUAUAUGUGUCUUUCAGAUCACCCUCUAAAAUGUUAAUGAUUCAAACCAACACUUGAUCAUUUUUUGUCAGGAAUCAAAAAGGACUAUUUACAUGAGGGAGGACAACAAGUUACAACGGUGAAAACUUAAUUUAAGCAUUUGUUGUACAUGAGAUGGGGUCGAAGAAAUUCCUUCCUAAUUUUGGAGGACUCCAUUAAGUCCUCUCAAGGAUCCACGGGAGUGCCUGACAGACCCCUGAAAACUCCUCAAUGAUUAAUCAUGGAAGGGGAUGCAAAACAUUUCUGUAUAAAACCAUGAUGAGUUUGCGCUUGUGUUAAAAAAAAAAAAAGGGCUUCAUGUCAUAUCACAUGUAAAUGCAGCACAUGGAUAUGGAAAACGAAAAAAUGAAGGAUUGCACAUUCCCUUAAUCCUAUAAUCCUAAACCAUAACAUGCUUAGAUCAACUCUGUCUCCGUCUAACUUUCCUCAAACAGAAGCAAUGACCUGGUCACACCAGAAAGUGGCACAGUGAGAUAUAUCCACACAUCCUGGAAAAUAUGAUGCGUUAAGCUUGGUGACUAGUGUAGCUGGUGAGCUAACCACUAACACCACACAGUCACCUAAAGCGCCGCUUCAGCAAGCCGGUUUGUAGAGUUGAAGCCAGGGUUGGUGAUGUUGAAAAGUUAGCCAGAUUUGAAAGUAUCUCCUC